UUUUCACGUCGAAAUGACUUUCCACACAAAAUAGUAACCAACAUAAAAUCUAUUCGCUGAUCCUUCCCUCGUAGACCUCCAUGGUAAUAUGUCCAUGCCCGUGUCACAUGGCAUUCUCAGUCGACAUGAGUCUUACUCCUUCGCCGGUGGCCGGAGUGAUCUCACCUUCAUAUCUUUGUUUCUUUAAGCUUCCUCACGCUUUUGGCAAUGGCACUGUCUUCGGUUCCGAGUUUCAGAGGAAGGCAAGGCCACGGAGACAAAUCAAGUUCGUUAUCAGUGCGGAGCUUUCUAACUCCUUCUCGUUAAAUUUCGGAUUAGAUUCCCAGAGUUUGAAAUCCUUUCAAUCCCAUGAUCCAUCACAGUUGCCUUGGAUGGGACCAAUGCCUGGCGAUAUCGCUGAAGUAGAGGCAUACUGUAGGAUCUUUAGAGCCUCUGAAAGGCUUCAUUCAGCAUUAAUGGAUGCAUUAUGCAACCCGAUGACUGGUGAAUGUAGUGUCUCAUAUGAAGUUCCUUCCGAUGAGAAACCUCAACUGGAAGAUAAAUUAGUCUCUGUCCUUGGAUGCAUGAUUUCACUUGUGAACAAAGCCAGGGAGGAUGUUCUUUCUGGUAGAUCCUCAAUUAUGAAUCCCUUUCGCGUGGCAGAAGUCAGCAUAAUGGAGGAUGAGCUUCCCCCCCUUGCUGCUUUUAGGAGUGAGAUGAAAAGGUGUUGUGAGAGCUUGCAUGUAGCUCUUGAGAAUUAUUUGACACCUGAUGACAAUCGAAGCUUGGAUGUAUGGAGGAAACUCCAGCGACUAAAGAAUGUUUGCUACGAUUCUGGUUUUCCUCGUGGGGACAAUCAUCCUUGCCAUACACUUUUUGCAAAUUGGAGUCCUGUAUAUUUAUCCACUUCAAAAGAGGACACAAAAUCUAACUCUGAGGCAGCUUUUUGGAUGGGCAGUCAGGUAACAGAAGAAGGCCUGAAGUGGUUAUUGGACCAAGGAUAUAAAACUAUUAUUGAUCUGAGAGCGGAGACUGUUAAUGAUAACUUCUACCAAGCAGCCAUUCAAGAUGCUAUUGCAUCAGGAAAAAUUGAAGUGGUUAAAAUUCCAGUAGAAGUAAAGACUGCACCUACUAUGGAACAGGUUGUUAGGUUUGCAUCUUAUGUUUCAGACUACAGCAAAAGGCCUCUCUAUCUUCACAGCAAGGAAGGAGUUUGGAGAACAUCUGCCAUGGUCUCCAGGUGGAGGCAGCACAUGACUCGCUCUGCAUCUCAGGCUGUUUUCAAUCCAGCUGUAAUUCCUAAUGACAAGUUGUCGCAUCUUACAAAUGGUAAUGGAAAACUGCAGGACUCUUUGAUGAGUUCAGAGAGAUCCUCUCUGGGCAAGGAUAUUGAUUCAUUAUCAGAGAAUUUGCGUGUAACAUGUGAUAGAAGUACCUUACCAAAGAAUGAUGACCAAAAAAUGCAAAGUAAGGGGACCUUUACUCGAUUCACUAAUAACUACGGCAUGUUGUCAGAAGCCACAAUUGCAGCUCAAGGAGAGGAAUCAGUUUCAGGUUUCUCCAACAAAAUUAAUCCUUUAAAAGCUCAGAUUCCUCCUUGUGAUGUCUUUUCUAAAAAGGAGAUGUCCACCUUUUUGGGGAUUGGGAAGAUCUCGCCAAACUCAUUUUUUAAUUAUAAGAUUAAAAGAUUGGAAUCCUUGCCAGAUUCAAGGAACAUGUAUACUGGCGGGUUGAAUGGGGGUUUGAUCAUCAGCAAUGGUAAUAAUCGUGUACCCAAAAUUAUGGACCCAGGAAGUUCCGACGGGUCAGCUAUUGGGGACUAUUCAUCAGGAGAGCCACAGAUUAAAGCUGAUGGCAAUUCCAAGUCGCUGAAUAGAAGUACUUCUAAUGAUGUUAGGAGCACAAUAAAUGGGUUUAGUGAAGAAAAAAUGCAUUCCAUGCCUACUUCCAGUGUCUCUAAUGCUGUGAACAAAUACUCCGAUGACAUCACAAAUAAAUCUCCAAGGGUUGGAGACGGUAGGGGUGACUCAGGAACAACCUCACAUGAUGAAGACUCUGGACCCGUUGAAGGGAAUAUGUGUGCAUCUUCGACAGGUGUUGUGAGGUUGCAGUCAAGAAAGAAAGCGGAGAUGUUCUUAGUACGAACUGACGGAUUUUCUUGUGCCAGAGAAAAGGUGACCGAAUCUUCUUUGGCUUUCACUCAUCCAAGCACCCAGCAACAGAUGCUUAUGUGGAAAUCUGUGCCGAAGACUGUAUUAUUGUUCAAAAAGAUGGGGGAAGAACUGAUGGAAGAAGCUAAACAGGUUGCUUCUUUUUUAUAUUACCAAGAGAAAAUGAACGUUCUUGUGGAACCUGAUGUGCAUGAUCUAUUUGCUAGGAUUCCAGGGUUUGGAUUUGUUCAGACCUUCUAUAGUCAUGAUACCAGUGAUCUGCAUGAGAACGUAGAUUUUGUGGCAUGCUUGGGUGGAGACGGUGUUAUACUCCAUGCUUCAAAUAUAUUUAAGGAUGCUGUGCCCCCUGUUGUAUCGUUUAACCUUGGCUCCCUUGGUUUUCUGACUUCUCAUCAUUUUGAAGAUUACAUGCAGGACUUACGUCAAGUCAUCCAUGGAAAUACCACACGAGAUGGUGUAUACAUCACUCUUAGAAUGCGUCUUCGAUGUGAACUUUUUCAUAAGGGUAGCACAGUGCCUUGGAAAGUAUUUGAUGUCCUUAAUGAGGUUGUUGUUGAUCGAGGCUCUAAUCCUUACCUUUCAAAGAUAGAAUGUUAUGAACACGGUAGGCUUAUAACCAAGGUACAAGGUGAUGGAGUCAUUGUGGCUACCCCAACGGGAAGUACGGCCUAUUCUACAGCUGCAGGAGGUUCCAUGGUACAUCCAAAUGUUCCCUGCAUCCUAUUCACCCCAAUCUGUCCACAUUCACUCUCAUUCAGACCAGUUAUACUUCCAGAUUCUGCUCAAUUGGAACUAAAGAUUCCAGAAGAUGCAAGAAGCAAUGCAUGGGUGUCAUUUGAUGGGAAAAGAAGGCAGCAGCUUUCAAGAGGAGAUUCUGUUCGAAUAUCUAUGAGUCAGCAUCCACUCCCCACUGUUAACAAAUUUGACCAAACGGGUGAUUGGUUUCGUAGCUUGAUUCGCUGUCUGAAUUGGAAUGAAAGGCUCGAUCAGAAGGCUUUAUAAAGUAUGUGAGCGUGAAAAACACUUGUGUGUUAUUCUCCAGAGAAGACAGGACCUGUGUAACUAUUGUACAGAUUAUACAUACGUCUAGAUUACAGAACUCUAGAGUUAGCUGAUACUACCUGUUUCUUAUAUUGGCUUCCCAUGUAAAGAUAGGAUUUGCCAAUUGUUUCUCCACAUGUCAUCUUGACAAGAUGCUGUUGUAUAGUUAAAAUAUUUCAAACACUUGUAUAUUUAUCUCAGGAUGCUAAGGGCACACUUGAAGGUCAAAAGUGUUCGCUCAAUUUGUUUUUCUCUGUAAAAUCUUUUGUACCAACCGGAAAUUCUGGGCUGAAAAGUUUAACGGCCUGCAAGACAAUCCAGGGAAGUAGAAGAUGUUUCUUA